AUGUAACUAUCAAAUAAAAUUUUAAACUAAUUGAGUAGAAUUUAUCUACUUACAAGUAGUACUGAUAAACAAAUUGUUACUUUAAAAUUUGAUUCACAGUAUUAUAAUCCCUGCUAUUACUUUUUAUAUUAUUAAUUAUAUAACCAUCUUAAAAGCACAAAGUAAUAAAUAUAAUAUUUAUUUAUAGACCACUCCUAAUUAUUGACUUCGAAUUAAACUAUAGAUAAUUAUGA